AAACACCUUUUUGAUAGUACAAUCUUGGUAGAGUGAAAGACAAAAGUAAAUUAUUCGUGUGUUUUGAAGCUGUUAUUUCCUUAAAAAAUGAACGAUGUGACCCCUGUUGUCGCAAGGUCGUGACUUUUGUAAUCCUUCCGUAUACGUGUAAUAAUAAGUCGUAAAGUUACUUGCAUUAGAUUUAUUUGUUGUAGCUUGAAAUUCAUUAGAUAAAAUGUUAUGUUUUAGAAUACUAUUGAUUAAAUUAUCUUUGCUUUCUACCGCGUACAAUCACGUUUUGAAGAACGACGCAAACAUAAGUUUGAAUCUUGGCGGUGAACAUUCAGUGACUUACAAUAGUUCCAACUUGCCGAAUUUUAUGUUUACGUUAUCGAAUUCGAGUUACAAAGAUUCAUAUUUAGAUUCUAAAUCGUAUCAGGUAGAUUGUUUCGGUUUAGGGAAAACGUUAGCCACAGCAUUGGAAUGGUUUUUUAUGGGUAAUCCAAACGGAUCAAACGCUUUGAAUGUUCAGUUUUUGUUAUCUUCAAGAAAACAACCGCAACGUGUUCAAGUAAUCAUCGGUAGACAGUUUGGUUUAGAAUGGACAGAUUUCCAAGUCGAACGAAGAACGAUCAUAAUAGUUCAUGGAUUUUUAUCGCACGGUCAAGAAUCAUGGAUCAAAAAUAUGGAGAAGUCAUUUCUUCGAUGGAGUGACGUAAAUAUCGUAGUUGUAGAUUGGAGUACAGGUGGUAAUACCUGGAAUUACUACAAAGCAGCGGUCAAUACAAAAGUGGUCGGAUAUCAAAUUGCAAGAUUUUUAGAACACAUUGAAAAUGCGACAAGCGCUUUGAAUACCUCUGAUAACGGUACUCUGGGACCCCUCCAUUUAGUCGGACACAGUUUAGGAGCACAUAUUUGUGGAUUUGCUGCAAAGGAACUGAAAAAAAGACAAAGUAAUUGGAAAAUAGAAAGAAUAACAGGAUUGGACCCUGCGCAACCUUGUUUCAACAGUGCAGAUCAAAAUGUAAAACUUCACAAAUCCGAUGCUCCAUUUGUCGAUAUUAUUCACACUAAUGGUAGAUUACUUUCUGAAAUUGGAUUAGGUUUGCCAGAGCCUAUAGGUCACGUUGAUUUCUAUCCUAACGGUGGUAAAAGUCAGCCUGGCUGUGUAAGAGAGAACUCGUCGUAUUUUGAAUAUUUACCAAUUCCUCUUCAAGCUAUUAACAAGUCUAUAUGUAGCCAUGGACGUUCAUAUAUCUAUUUAACGGAAUCUUUGAUGUCCGACAUUAAACGCAAUUGUACGUUUUGGGCACAUCAUUGGGAUUUAUCGUAUCGAAGCUUAAAACGAAUAGCUGCAGAAUCUUGUGACAGAAACGUCUGCACCGAAAUGGGUAUAAACGCGAUAAAUUAUCCUCACCGCGGAACAUUCUUCGUUGCUACAUCGAACAUCGUACCAUUUUGCAGUAACGACACUCGCAUAAUCGACGAAGUGAUAAUUGAAUUGGAAAAGGAUUAUGCAAACGAGCUGGACGACUGAACCGUAAUCGUUUUAUAUAAAUAAAGAGAUUUCGAAUUUUUAACGAUGUACGAAAGUUAAUUUAUUAAAUAUAGCUACUAUUUACAAAUAGAUUUCGAAAAUCGAUCGAGUUAUGUACAUAUAUUCCGCUACUUAAUUACAUUUUUAGUAGCUUCGUAAAUAAA